GUGGAAAAGCUAUUGUGAGGAAAAAUCACCCCUCCCCCUAUUGAACACGCAUCCGUCGGAGAAUUUGUGAUGCAGAUUUGUGACCACAAAUCCUGUCUGUCUUGCAAGAAGGCAAAGUCAGAGAGCCCGCCACAUUAUGCAGGCGGUUUGUGAUGCUGCUCGCCUUACAGCAUAGACAUUUGUCAUGCUAGGCGCCUAAGUCAAAACCUCUCGGCUCAGCCUUGGCAUGUUCCUGCAGUCCUCUACUGCAAGACAAAUCCGAUUUGUGUCUGGAAAUCCAGCAUUAGAAACUUCGUUUCGAUAUGGGGAGGGGGUCUCUUUCCAUUUGAUAGAAGCUGUUGCAGCUUCUCGCUGCGGCCACGCCGGAGGAGCAGGAAGAACACGAUAACGACCCGAGUGACACCAGUUCUAUGCACACGAAAAAAUCAUCCUCCGUCGGCAACAACUUCCAGCGGUGCAGGUUACUCCUCACCGCCCUGUAUCAACUGCAAAAGUAUCGCACUCGUAUAAAUGCAUGACAAAUUAUUUCCUCAGCAUGAGAAAUAAAAUUUGUAAUGCGGAUUUCCCUUGAGAGAAAAAGAUUUGUAAUGCAUGACUGCAAUGCGAGUGCGAUACUUUUGCACAGGAUGCCCUGGAGGCCUACCGCAUGAAUCCGAACAUUACGGCGACCAUUCUCAAUGAUAUGCAAGAAAAAAACUGUGUGAGUGUAAGUCUGUGAUGCAGGAAAUGCAAAACUGUUACACUUGUCAUGCUGGAUCUGCCUUACAGCCUACUUUCAUACGUGUUUCCACGUGCUAGCGGCGAAUGACAGAUUAAUGCAAAACGAAUUUGUGAUGCUGCUCUUCCUAAAAAGUUGCACUUGCACAGUUUUCUUCCUGGAUAAACGAGAUUAUCCCAUUGCUGAACAAAAGUAAAUCCCACGGCGGCAUGCACCUCUGCGACCUAUCCUGUGCAAAAGUAUCGUACUCGUACUAAUUGCAAAUAUGCAUGACAAAUCUUCUUCCUAAGGUAAAACAGCAUUACAAAUUCGACUUCUCUCCUUGCCAAAAUUUGCAAUGCAAUUUAUACGAGUACGAUACUUUUGCAGUUCAUACGACCUCGCCUUGCCCUAUUUUGCGGGGCUGAAAAAAGCCUGCGCGGGGCAGCUGCCGCGGUUACCGGAGAUUUUGGAAAUCUGCCGGAAGUACUGCAAAAUCCCUUUCAAGGGCUACAUCGCGUAUUACCAAAACGCCGGGCCUCUAUUCCCUCUCGAACAGGAAAGGCGAAGUGCGGAGCAGUUGGAAGAGAUGUUUCUCCCGGACGACACUUUAUUUGACGAGUUUCUCGGCUACCGAGAAACCUUUGCGGACGCGGUCCGCGAGAUCGUAACCACCAGCGAGGAAACGUUGGCGGUCGUUCGCGGCUCUUUGGAAAAAGUUUCCGCGAUUUUCCAAAAAGCGUCGCAGCUGCAGGUACAAGCCGAGACCGCGAAACUGCCCUUAGUGAACCUUCCGCACCCGAGCGGGGCGGGGGCCGCGGUUGAGCAGUUGGAUGAUUUGCUGCUCGAGCUGGAGGAGCAUUUCUUCUUUUUGAGCUGUUUAGCCCGGAACAUCCAGGGGCUGCACAUGCCGGAAGUGUCGACGACUUUGGUGAACCUGUUCAAGCUGUUGCUAUUAUGUAUUGCAAAAGUAUCGUGCUAGUACAAAUUGCAUCACAAAUUUUGGCAAGAAGGAAAGUGGAAUUUGUGAUGCUGUUUUGCCUUUGUAAAAACAUUUGUCAUGCAUAUUAUGCAAUUAGUACGAGUAGGAUACUUUUGCACAGGAUAGCUAUCGAGCAACAACAACGCGAAUUUAAUCAAGGGUUUCUUAUACCGAUCGCGCGUUCUGUGCUCAACGUUUCUGCGGUUCUGCUCGGGGUACGUGAUUAUGAAUCGCAAAAGUAUCGUACUAGUAGAAAUUGCAAUACAAAGUUCCUUAGCAUGAGAAAUGGAAUUUGUAAUGCGGAUUUACGUUGGCAAAAUGAUUUGUAAUGCACGACUGCAAUUCAUUUUACGAGUGCGAUGCUUUUGCACAGGAUAGUGACGGGUCUUCUCGCCGAAGAGGACGACACGGAGGUUUUUCACCAGCUGUAUCUCCUCUGUAUCUUCAGUUUAACUGCCCAUCCGAUGGAAAUCCAGUGGAAGUUGAUGUCGACAAGUGCUACCGCUUCCUCCAGCGGGAAAUCAACGAACAAAUCCACCGCGAGUACGGGCUCGGGCCUGAUCGCAAAGUCAAGCUCUUCCUCCUCUUCCGACAGAACCGGAAACCACAGAGACGGCAGCAGCAGAACUCAAGAUAUGAAUUCUGCGGAUAAGAAUUCCAUCGAGGACAACCUACCCGAUUUAGUCGCCUCGGAAUUACAAAGCAAGCAGCUUUUCCCACCGACGGCGAGCAGCACGGGGGGGAAUAGCGUUCCUUUAUCCCCCGCAGAAGUCUUCUUCACGUUGAUCAUCCAACGAAAUUGGUCCUUCAAAUCCAGGCAAGACCAUUUAGGCGCUGUGUGCCUGUUGAAAUGCGCACAGUGCGUCGAGAUUGGGCCCAAACACAUGGUUCCUGCUGCUCUCGGUGGAGGUGGAGCAUCUACUUCAUCAAGCCCCCAAGAACAUCAACUACAGCAGCCGCAAUUGUCCACCUCGCAGUCGGGAACAAUAAUUCCAGAGAUCUUAAUCCAGUGGGCCAUCGAGUUCUGUGAGCGAACGAUUUUCAUUCUGACCACGCACGCGAGCACGAAAACGUUCGAGAAGCAGUUCCCGAACGCAACAGCAGUAGAGUCUUCCCAACAGCAAGAGAAGCAGAAUCAGGCGAACACAGCGAAGGUGAUCUACGACAGCCGAACAGCGGAGGUUCUGGCGCAGAUUUUGGCGAUUCUGUCCAGCUACAACACCAGUAUUGCGGAGAAAGUUCUCGGGAAACACUUCGUCACCGCGGUCGGGGUUUUGGCUGGGGAGAUUGAGAAGUUUAUUGUACUAAACGGGAAAAUUUUUAUGCAGCCGAACAACCAGCAAUAUAGAGCCUCCAACGCAAUAAACAACGGAGACCGAUCGGCCGCGGGAGCUGCAGGGGCGAAUUCGACAAGAACGUCGAGAACGAGGUCGACUUCGGAUGUGAAAGCGAGCAGCAAAACGACUGUGAGACAUGCCCAGCAAAACAAAAACCCGCACCAGAGCUCUGUAGAAAAGAUCUUGAAACACUUGACUUGUUUGAUCCGCCACUCGUUGCUGGCAGAUAAGAAAACGUUCGGGGCGGCAUCCUCUUCGAAAAGCAGCACCCCGACGAACGCUGGAGUCUCGCCGAUCGCGGUUAAUAUUGGUGGUGGCUCUAGCAGUAUCGCAAGAAAAGACUGUUUCACUGUAAACUUGUGAUGCAUAAAACGGAACGCAAAUGCGUUUGUCUUGCGACACAUGCACGCCAUUGGAUUUUUAGCUGUGUUUUCCCGUAGGAAUCACGCGUGCCAAGUUUUCUUUGUCAUGUGUAACAAACUUGUGAUGCAAAUCUUGCAAAAUCAUCACAGUGAAACAGUUUCUUCGUAGGAUAAGCAGUAGCACCAGCUCUCUGUCCUUCUUCCCGCCGGCCAGGACGAUUUCGGACUCAGGGAAUCAUAGCAACUCGUCUGGUAGCGCCGGAGGAAGUAGUAAUUCGCAGAGCAGCAAAACUCUUGUCCAAAAAUACCUCCUGCCGAAUCAGAUGCCGGAGAACGCUGGCGCCCGAUUGUUGCAGAACUCGAAACUCUGUCUCCAGGCUUUCAAUGUGAAGUCAAACAACCAGCAAGGGCCGAGCUUGGCGGACAUUCUGACAAAUAACUACAACAUUGAGCACUCCUUGCACCCGUUUAUGGAGAAACUCACCCACGACGUUGGUACCACUGACAGCGCAGCAAUAUUAAAUCAAGCCGGAACUACAUCAGGCAACGGGCUAAGAAACAACAGCGGUAGCAGCUUGUCUAGAAACAGCCGGCAGCAGAACAGUAGUAGUAUUCUAGACCGGGAGGAGAUGGAGGCGAUUCUGCUGGAAAACGAACUCUACGGGAUGGACAAUUUCCCGCCGGGAUCUGGAAGAGUUCUUUUGGAAGAGAUGAUGGGCAAUGCGGCGAUGCACAUGAAUAAUGGAGCGAUGAAUAGCGAUGGCUUAUUGUUGAACAGCAGCGGCCCCGAAGCAGCAGGUUCUUUCUCCCUACAGAUAAGAAUUUCCGACAUCACCGCGUUGUACCAAUUUUCCGACUCUUUCAUCGACUUUGUGACGACGGUGGCAAAAUGCCCUCUGCUAUUCCCCUUUGUCUGCGAAUUCCUGCAGGCUUUACUCAGACAGGCGGAUAACCAGGUAGGGGUAGGAGCUCUAGCUGGUGCGGGGAACAAUAUUAGUGGACAGCCUGCGGUCGCAGGAACUUCAUGUUCAUCCACGACUUCCGCAAUGAGUUCGACUGCCCAGCAAAUAAAUAACCCGACGUUCGUUUUCAAAGCCGUUCUGCAAACCCGGUUAGCGACGACAUUACUGCACAUGUGCUUGCUACAGUGUCAGCUGAAUCCAGAGUAUGUUACCGAAGCGCAGAAGUUGGUUGCAGCAGGAGCGUCAACCAAUCUACCCCAAAGUGUCGAGUUGAUUGAGCAGCAAUUUGUGCAGAUGUUCAUCCUCUCCAGUAGUGGUGCUGGCGGACAGCAACAGAACAACGUAAAUGUGAUAUCACAGCAAACCCAAAGCAACCAGAUCAGCGCGAUUGUCGAGAAGGAUUUGCAGACGAAGGUACUCCAACUGCUUCUCAACACGUGCCCAGUUUUCACGGACGAAUUGUCCUUCAACGAAAAGCAACGGCAGCAGAUCCUACUCGCGGGGAAGAACUUACCACGCAGGUACAACUCGGCCGCGUACUCAGUCCACAAUUUGCAGCAAGCGGAACAGGAUUUGUUCCUGGGAAUGGUCGCGGGAGAGGAGAUCGACGAGUUGACCGGGGUGGGCCAUUUUUUCAACGACGACCCAAGAGGGGGCCUACACCAUCAACACGGGAACAAUAACCUGAAUCCGCAUAACAAUGAACACUACCGGCGGCAGCUCCAGGCAAUGCGGCGCAACCGCCGGUACGCGGCAUUGGAUGACGCGGAGGCGCGGGUGAUUCUCGGGAGACGCAUGAUGCAGCGGGAGCAGCGACGGAACCACCUCGGUGGGGGACCGCAGCUCCGGGGCCUGAACCUCAGGAACAACGCGAGUGUGAACCAGCGCGCGGGCCGGGAACACGCCGGAAAUUUUAUCCUGAGCAAAAACGGCCCCACCCCAGAGUUGUCAUGCAGAUUUGCAAUCACAGGAAAACUUGUAAUGCGCAUCCCCAUGAGUAUGAGAGGCAUUCGCAAUCGUUUAUCAUCUGGAUUUUAUGAUGCUGUAAACGGGAUACCAGGGCGGCUUUGUGAUGCGACUGCACUUGCUAGCUCGCAGUAGAGCACAGAGAAAAACUUGUCAUGCGUGACUCCAAAAACUUCUGGAUCUGUGUUGCAGAGUUCCAUCUUGACUCUGCGGUCGUGGGGACGUUUUUACACAGGAUAAAUGUGACGGCCAUCGCGAACGCCGCGGUGGCGUUGAGCGGGGGAGUGUUGGAGUCGAACAAGUAUUUGAAUAUCUUGCUGUACGACUUGCAUAAGCUGUCGCAAACCUUGUGGCUGUGCGGAAACGGAAAUUUGAUGCGGAUUGUGCAGAACAAUAAUUUAUCCUGUGCAAAAGUAUCGUACUCGUACAAAUGCUAAUGCAAGUCUUGCAUUACAAAUCUUGUUUCCAAGGCAAACCUGCAUUACAAAUUUUAUUUUUCACGCUUAGGGAAUUUGUAAUUACACGUACUCGGAACAGCUUACAUCUCACAAGUAAAAGUGCAUUUUUUGUGCAUUGUGAUGCACCAGUUGUGAGUUUUUGGUCUUCGCGAAAAAACUUCUUUCUUCCUCGCCUUGAGCGCUAGCCUAAACCCAGUUUUGUCAUUCUGAGCCCAUAUAUGUGCGGCGACUCUGAAGCCUGUAAGUAGCUCAAAGUAAAGAAAUCCAUCGCGUUUUUUAUUUUCCUUUCUAAAUUUCACACCAUAUAGAACUUUUAUCACCACCUGAUUUCUUUUGCUUUUUUGCAUGAGAUCUUCUGCUUCUGAUUUUGUUUUUUUCAUCUUCCUCUGCAUUUUCAAAAAGAGUAAAAUUUUGUUGAUCACGGAUCCGGGGUGUGGAUAGUUUGGACUUCGACUCUUUGAUCGAUGUUUUUUAAAAAAACCCCGGUCCGUGAUCUGUAGAAAUCAGGGUGGUGUUUCUUCAAUAAAGUACUGCUGUUAAGCUUCUAAAAACAGUAAAUCUCAGUCCGUCACUGUAGCAUCACAACGCUUCUCGCAACACUUCUAUAAGUAAACCUUUUAGCAUUAAAAACUUCUUCACAUCAAAGCCUCCCUUUCUUACGUAAAACUUUUUUUGUAGAAUUUCGUAUAAAGGACUGAGAAAACUGCUAUGCAUUACAAAUACUCUGUGGCGAAGCUUCUGUGUGAAAUUUAUACUACAUAUCUCGACCCUUCUUUCUUUACUUUGAGCUUCUGCCACCGCUGUAAUGCAUUUAUACGAGUGCGAUGCUUUUGCAAUGCAUAUGAUUCCAGCUCUGGAGGGGCGGGUGCCGCGGGUAAUAUGAACAAUAUGAUGAACAACUAUAACAUCGACGCUAGUGGUGCCAUAUGAAUUGCAAAACCACCGUACUAGUAUAAAUUGCAUUACAAAUUUUCUCAGCAUGUUGAAAAUUGGACUUUGUCAUGCUGUUUUUCCUUGGAAAGGAAAUUUGUCAUGCAUAACUGCAAUUACUACGAGUGCGAUACUUUUGCACAGCAUAUGCCAGCGACCGAGACCGGGAGCACAGUUCGCUGGAAGAUUUUCUCGACAUGAUGGAAGUGCUGAAAAGGAAUCUCAACCCCUUGCUCGUGCAAUCCCAGAACAAAGUGAAAUUUGCGACAAAUUUGCUGGAAACUCUCCUCCACUUGCUGGUCCGCUUUAGAAUGAACGCCAACACGCCGCAAGCGCUCCAGAUCCGGAAUCUGAUCGCGAAGCAGGGGCUGACCAUUGUGCUGGCCUUGUUUAACACGAAUCUUCGCGAUUUCCUGCCGAAAACAGGGCCAGCGGAGCAGGCUGGGACGAGCACAGGUGCAACUUCUAAAACAGGCAGUGCCGCGUCGUCGAAGAGUAGUGCAGCGAAUUCCACCACCAAUGCAGGAGGUCUGAAGUCUAGUGCAACUUCAAGUUCUGCGGCAGAAAGAUAUGCAUUGCAAAAGUAUCGUACUAGUAUAAAUUGCAAUACAAACUUCCUUAGCAUGAGAAAUGGAAUUUGUAAUGCGGAUUUGCCUUGAUAAAAAGAUUUGUAAUGCAUGACUGCGAUUACUACGAGUACGAUGCUUUUGCAGUUCAUAAAAGAGAACAAAACGCGAUGUCCGUGGACACGGACGGGCCAAAUCCCCUGGACAUGUUUCACGGCGCGUAUGAAAGCCUCAGAAUGGAAAUCCUCAAAGUGGAAAUAAUUUGUGAUGCAUGAAAUGCGACGCAAAAAACCCUGUAUUGCAGAGGACGCAAUGGAGGCCGACUAUUGUGCUUCUACGGGUUCAGAAUUGGGCUGCUGAUUAGCACGACAGAAGGGCACCCCUUUGCCUAAGUAGCAUGACAGACACGCUUUGAGUGCCGGGGAAAUUUGUCAUGCGCCGACUAGAAAUGGUCCUUCAACUGGAGUCGUUUUUUUGCAUUACAAAAUAUUUGCACUUUGAGGAUUUCCAACCUGAGGCUUUCAUAGCGCGACUAGUUCCCCCGACGGAGUGCACCACCACAGUUCCGGACUUGGUGCUCUCACGGGCGGCCAGAACAAAUCCGGGAAUGGGAGCCAGGCGCACCCGAUGAAGGUGUGUCUCGAUUUUCUGAACGAACUGCUGCUGAACUGUACUGGCAACACAGGUAGUUCUGUCAUGCAGAACGCUAACGACAACUGGUUUCUCGACUACCUCAAACUUCCCGUCGUGGGAAGCAACCCAACCACAGGUUCCAUUUCCGGUUAUGCAUUCUUGCAAAAGAACUAUCAUACUGGUACUACUGUAAGAAAUUGCAUGACGAAUUAACUUUCUCUGAAGGAAAAAAUCGAAUUUCUAAUGCUGAACAAGGUAAGAAGACAGAUCUGUCAUUUUGCUGUGCCGCAAUUUGUUCAGAUUCAGUACGAGUGCGAUAGUACUUUUCCUCCAGAGGAUACCGACCGCAGCGAGACAAAUCUGCUACCAACAAGUACCAUUCCGCAAAACGAACAGGAGUUGGUUGCAAAUCUGGAGCAGUUCGCGCUCCACAGCUUCCGCCUGGCCGCGCCGGUGGUAGGACCGGCAGGUGGUGGUGGUGGUGGAACCGCAACUGUUGUUGGUGGACAACAUGUUCAAAACCAAAACUCUAGUAUCGACGACCGCACUGUGUCCCAGUACAUUCUGCACCUCUCGACCAAAACCGCCAUCGGGUCUUUGCUGCUUCGUGCGUUGUAUCCUGUGCAAAAGUAUCGUACUCGUAUUGCAAUCAUGCAUUGCAAAUCCUUUUGUUAAGGUAAGUCCGCAUUACAAAUUUUAUUUCUCAUGCUGAGGAAAUUUGUAAUGCAUUUAUACGAGUACGAUACUUUUACAGUUCAUACGUUGUUUCAGCUGCUCAAACGAAACGCGCCCGUGAACCUUCUCGGGGAGAUCAUGCAAGUCACCCUUCUGCUCCGCGACAAGCUGGGUGCGGAUAUUUUUCACGCAAUGGGCGACCAAGCGCUCUCCGGACCGCAGACAAACAACGCGGACGUUGGUUCUGCAAAUGCAACGUCUAGUAUCGCGGAGAACUGCAAAAAAGCCCGGGAAACGCAAGCGCAGUUUCUCCGGGACAUGUGCGAUGUGAGCCAGACGCAGCAAUUUGCGAAAAACGCGAUGAAGAAGUUUUUCGGUCGCGGAGGAAGGCACUGAGGGGUUGUUGUGCUGGAAAAGAAAAAAACAGAUGGAGGUCGUGAUGGAAAACUCUGUCCUCGCGAACCAUAAUCAAGGGUUGUAUUUUAACUCGAAAGUAGUUAGAGUUACUCUUACUAUGAGCGAGAUGAACGCUGCUUCGCCCAGACGCAACUGUAAGUACCUGAUGAAGCGGUCUACCUUCUACGCUAGUAAAAAAGCGAGGGGUCGUGCUGAGAUUUUCAUGGCAUCGUACGAAAGAGCAGACGCAUUUUGAUUUUUCGACCAUUAUUUCGUUGCAUCCACCGAGAACAACAAAUACAAAACAGUAACAGCUAGUACAGCGACAAAAAUGAAAGUGAACUCACCAGUGCGUGAACAAAUAUUCAU